AUGACUUUACUAACCCCACGUCGAACGUUCCAUUUAGCAAAACCAUUACGACAAAAUGCUGGCAUUUGGUCUGAUUUCAGUAAAAGAUCUGAAUCAUUAAGAAUUCCAUCAGAAAGGAUAAGAAAAUAUAUAUUGGAAGGAGGUGAUAAUAAAGAUAAUAUCACGUUGAAUGGACCACCAUCUUUGAAAAGAAAAUUCUCAAGACUUAAAUAUAAAUCACCUGAAUUCAUUGAUGAUGCCUUCCAAACAAGUUAUUUAUAUUUACAGGAAAAAGCGAAAAUUUACUACGAAAAAUCAUUACAAGAUACUGAAUUAUCUCCUGAAGGAAAGGAAAAAUAUGAAAUUUUAACUGAUAUCAAUAAUCCAGAAGUUCAAUACAAUUUCCAAUUCCAUAAUAAAUUAGAAAAUAAUCCUAAAUUUAUUAAUUAUGAAUUACCUGUAUAUAGAGAACUAGGGAAAAAACAUUGGGAAUCAUACAGUCAAAUGUUAUUAAUGCAAAGACUAGAAACUUUACAAGUUAUCCCAGAUACUAUGCCUACUUUAGUUCCAAGAAUGGAAGUCAAUAUAAAAUUCCCUAUCUCUACUUCUGUUAAUAAAUGGAUUGAACCUGGUGAAAGCUUGUCUUCUAACGUGACUUCAUUCGAACCAAUCUUCAAAUUACAGGAAUAUGAUUCAUUAGAUAUUGAAAAUCAAAAAUAUACUAUAUUGAUUGUGAACCCUGAUGAACCAGAUUUGGAGAAUGAUACUUUCAAAACUUCAUUAUGUUAUGGAUUAAUGAAUAUUCAAAUUUCUUAUAAUGAUAAUAUCGUUGAUUUAAGGAAGUUAAAGGGGAAAGAAAAUAUCUUAAUGUCAUAUUUACCACCUGUACCCGAGAAGAACGUAGGUAAACAACGUUUUGCUGUUUGGGUCUUUAGACAAGAAAAUGAAUUUACUGAAUUACCCAGUAUACCUGGAAGAGAUCGUUUCAACAUUAGGGAUUUUGUUGAAGAAAAUAAAUUGGAUCCAGUGGGUGCACAUGUAUGGAGAAGUGAAUGGGAUUCCAAUGUGAAAAAUAUUAGAGAACUGUAUGGUUUACCAACCGGUAGAGUUUUCACUAGAACUCGUACAAUUUGA